UUCAUAAAGGUCGUGAUAAUGCGUACAGUGAGUCAUAAUUUGUUAUUAUGUCGAUAAAAAUUAGUGAAAAAUAUAUUUUUUUUAAUUUGGCGCCUAAUUCGUGAAGUGUCAGUGUUUUGGGGACUUUGUCGAUGCAUUUCCUUUGGCUGGUAGCAGAUGUUCUCAAAAAAUUCACAAAUGAUGCGUUUGGUGGACAGGCUGAGUGUAAAUUUUACCACAUUUUAUAAAUGAAAAUUAUUACAGUUCGUUUUUCGCAUUAGAUAGAAAUAAAUUUGAGCAUCAGGAAUGAACGUGUACACAAUGCCUGGAGUGGCUGAUAUGGGUAUGGUGUGGAUGGGUGCCGGCCAGCCCAAUCCCGAUAUGUCCAUGGAGUUAAUGUCAGGAGACAACUCGGACAUGUUACUGGAACAUGAGAACCCAUAUUUCACCCCAUCUAUACACAGCAUGUCCAAUCAGUCCAUGGACGAUAUCCACACAAUCCACAGCUCACAAAUGGACGGCAUGGAAAAUUUAGACAUGAUGCAAUAUAUUGAUAUGAAACAUGAAAGUAACGACUCAAGUUAUGCCGAAGAUGAUAGUCAAAACCCUGUAUAUAUGAUAAACACUGCCACUCAAACAUUACCUUGCUCCACACGAAAAAUCAAACCAAUCAAACAUCCAGGUUUGGUUUUAAAAACACCAAUAGCCUAUCAGAGCAAUACGGACCCAUCAGUCAUACCAAUCCAGAAGGAUGGAAUUGCUGUGUGUGAAAAAUGUGGGGCCAUUGGCGUAAAGCACGCAUUUUACACGCGGGAGCGUCGCUUCUGUAGCAUGGCCUGUGCUAGGGGCUACAGUGGUUUGAUCCCCGAGCCCCUCCCGUUGUCUCAACAACAAACCCCCGAGACCCACCAUUUUGCCAAACACCGCUUUACCAUGAAAACCGAGGACGAUUUCGCCAACACCGUCGUGGACCAGGAGUUCCCUCAGGUGCCCCCGCCGCCCGUGCUGCCCCCCAUCGACGAGACUGUCCCUCUAAUCAGGCGCAAGCCGUCAGAACUGGCGAAUUCGCACGAUUGGGACUCGCAAUUGAACGACCAAUAUUUCGUCGCGGCCCCUGUCACGUGUUUCAAACAUGCCCCCAUGUCCGACAUUUGGGAAAACAUCAUGGUUGGGAUGAAAGUCGAAGUGGAGAAUACCGAUUGUGAUAACGUCUCUGAGGCGUUUCCUGACUCGUUUUGGGUAGCGACCGUUUUGAAAAUCGUGGGGUACAAAGCGUUGUUGCGGUACGAGGGGUUCGGGUCGAAUGAUUCCAAAGAUUUCUGGGUCUCGUUGUGUUCGAAUCAGGUGCAUCCGGUCGGGUGGUGCGCCACGAGGGGAAAACCGUUGAUUCCGCCAAAAACAAUCGAGGAUAAAUAUAACGAUUGGAAGGAUUUUUUGAGUAAAAGGUUGACGGGGGCGCGCACAUUACCCUCGAAUUUUAGCAAUAAAGCAAGUGAUAGUCUUAAAUCUAGGUUUCAAUGCGGCCUUAAUUUAGAAGUUGUCGACAAAAAUAGGAUAUCGCAAGUUAAGGUUGCUAUUAUUCAUAAGAUCGUGGGGAAAAGAUUGAACGUCAAGUAUUUCAAUAUGCCGUCUGAUGAUGCCGGCUUCUGGUGUCAUGAAGACUCCCCUCUUCUCCAUCCGGUCGGGUGGGCCAAGAAGGUUGGCCACCACUUGGUAGCCCCCGUGAACUACUUGGAGCGCGUCAAUCACUGCAUUUACGACGAAGACGACGCCACUGAUGAGCUCUUCACGCCUUUCCAAGUCGGUUCAAAAGAACCCACCGCCGACGGCGGUUUCUGCAUCGGAAUGAAACUCGAAGCAAUCGACCCACUCAACUUAUCCUCGAUAUGCGUCGCCACUGUAAUGAACGUCUUACGUCACGGCUACAUCAUGAUCCGGAUAGACACAUACGAAUCGGAUAUGACUGGAGCCGAUUGGUUCUGCUAUCACGUGAAAUCCCCAUGCAUUUUCCCCGUUGGUUUUUGCGAAAAAUACGACAUUCCUCUAACACCCCCCAAAGGCUACGACCAAGACACCUUCAACUGGAGGACUUAUCUCGCGGAAACCAACAAUGUUGCAGCUAGUCCGGGCCUGUUCACGUCUUUCAUCCCUAUGCACGGAUUCGUCCCCGGAAUGAAAAUCGAGGCGGCUGAUUUGAUGGACCCCAGAUUGGUCUGUGUGGCAACUAUUGCGAAAGUUGCGGGGCGAUUGUUGAAAGUGCAUUUUGAUGGAUGGGAGGAGGAGUAUGACCAGUGGUUGGACUGCGAAAGUCCCGAUAUUUAUCCUGUGGGAUGGUGCCAGAGUGUGGGACACAAACUCGAAGGACCGCCGAUUGUCCCUCCAAAACCCAGCACUCCGGUCGCGAAGUUACCCAAAGGGAUGAAGAAAAGAGGACGUAAAAAGAAAAUCAAAGAUGUCUCACCGAAAACGGCCACGAAAGUGAUCAAAGCUGAGCUGACGGAAGCGGAAAUUGAGAGAGAAGAAAUGGAAGUUGCUGAUGACAAUCAAGGGCCGGAAGCAGGACAAGAACCUGCAGGUCCGGAUCAGAGUCUGCCAGUCUCGUCCGAGGCUAAUCCGCCUCCAGAACGCAAAGCAACAUCCUAUAUUAAUGCAACAAAUACAACAAGUACAAAAUUAAUACCUCGUUUAGUGGAUAGUACAGGAACAAGUAGCGAAACUGGCGAAUUGUGUCCAGACGAAUGGAAUAUUUACGACGUUGCACAGUUUUUAAGGGUUAAUGAUUGUGCAAAUUAUUGCGACUCUUUCAGUAAACAGAAAGUGGACGGUAAAACGUUGAUGAAUCUCAGUAAGGAAGAUAUUUUAGAAUACACAGGGGGUAAAGUAGGGCCCUCCCUAAAAAUAUUCGAUCUCAUACAACAGUUAAAAAUAAAAGUAAAUCCAGCGCAAAUUCGCCAUAUGAAAGCAAAUAUCAAAAAGUUUUUAUAGUGCCUAAAUCUGUUAACAGUGUGUAUAUAAAAAUAGGUCUUAAAAUAUUUUAUAUUAAGCUUGGUAUUUAUCAACUAGUUUAAUUUUGUGUGUCGCCCGGAAAUUUAUUUCUUUUUUUUUUCAAUUUGUAUUCGCUAUGUUAAGUUCUACUUAUUUAUUAUAUGGUGAUUGUAACGACUAAAAUUAGCUUUUUCACAACAAACUACAUUUUUGAUAAUUUGGUAACAGUAGAUGUAUCACAAAAAUUGUAACUGUAAGCCUAUUCUUAGUUUUUAGCACAUUGUGCUAUCAAAUUAUGAAAUCGGAUUUCUUUUUAUUAACUCUUGUAUUGAACUUUAUGCUUAUACACAGUUUAUUUUAUACGAGUACUUAUUUUUUGACUUCUUAGAAAUAUGAAAAAUAAGUACGGAAAUUAGAACAAAUUCUGCAUUUCUCAGCCAACCACAUGAUAUUUCAUUAGGUACAUUUUGAAAUACAGAUGGUCAAAAAAUAAG